AUGUUCUUGAAUAAUCAAAUACUCUUAGGUUUCCACAUCAUCAGAAAUUAUAGCGUGUCCUCGGCGACAUACAUCACAUGCUCCUUGGUGAUAAAACAUGCCCCAUCCCGAACACAACGACCUGUCUGGCACAUUCAGUAUACUGACUGGCCUGAUCAUGGUUGUCCUUUGAAUUUGCAAGGUUUUAUUAAUUUUAUGGAACAGAUAGAUUCUGUUCGACGACUGGCUUUAAAUGAACAACCACCUGAAAGAAGUCGAAACUCUCCCACUCUAAUUCACUGCAGUGCUGGAGUUGGACGGACAGGAGUGGUGAUGUUGUGUGACAUUCUGUUUUAUUCAUUAGAUCAUAAUGAGACUGUAGAUAUACCGAAGGUGCUCACUCAGUUACGACUACAACGAAUGCUCACUGUACAGACGCUGGCCCAGUACAAAUUUGUAUAUGCCAUUUUAAUUCAGUAUCUUAAGAAUUCUCGUCUGAUUUAAGCUGUCGCUUUUAACUAGAGUUUUGUGACAAUUAUGUUUUCCCUUUCAUGCUCAGCAAGUUAAUAUGCUUCACUUAUGUCACGAAUGUCUGUAUACUUAAGAGGCAGACCAUUGAGAUUGAUGUUGGAUUGUUCAUAUUUGCAUGAAAAAUGUUAUAAUGUGUAGAAUCGUCUUUUUUUUUUCAAAUAAUUUCUUUUGUGAUAUAUUUUCAAAACGUUUUUAUGUGCUCUAACUAUAGCUAAUGCACCUUAAAAUUAAUUAAUUAUAAAAGUUUUUAAUUUGGUCCAAACAAUUUGAUGUUUUUUAAUUUACAGCAAAGGUUUUCAGAAAUUACUUGGCAGUGUGGAUUUUUGCUAUUUUGGUGCUUUAUAACUUAUUUACAUAUAAGGUAUUGACCAAACUCUGCCAAUGGACAAAUUUGUUUUUAAUAUUCUUUCUUACAGUUUUUAUUGGUAAAAAGCCAAAUGUAUAUACAAAUAUUUUGUCAUUUGACAUAAAGCUUGUUUAAAUAACAGACCUCUGACUAUUUUUGAGAAUGGUAUGGAACAUUUACUUGUUUUCUUUAACCCUUCAUAAUUCUGAGAUACCAGAAGAAAAUACAAUGAUUAUGUAUGGCAUUGGAAAGAGCAAUCUACAAACAUUGUGGCCUGGUGGUUAGGGGACUCAACUUGCAAUCCGUGGGUCAUGGGAUUGAAACCUAUCACUGAACUUGCUCGCCCUUUCAACCGUGGUAGAAUUCUAAUGUGAUGAUCAAUCCUACUAUUCAUUUGGUAAAGAGUAGCCUAAGAGUUGGUGAUGACUAGCUGCCUCUCCUCUAGUCCAUCACUUCAAAAUAUUGAUCAUAUAGCCCUCAAGUAGCUCUGAACGGAAUUGAACAAACAAGUCUGCAAAAUGCCUCAGUCUUUCUUAAACCUAAUAAUAAUGUUUUUCUUCAGGCAAUUCAUGCUACCGGUUGAUUAAAUAAAAUUACAGAUAGUUAUUUAGUGAUUUACUACAGUUGAUCACUAUCAUUCCUUUAAAUCAUCCAAUGAAAAUAGUUUUAACUGAUGAAAUUGAAAAAUAUAAUUAAGAGGUGAUUAAAAUAAAUAUUUGUUGCGUUCUUUAACAUUUUUGACUACCUUCAUCAAACAAAAAAUUUUAUGGAAAAAAUUAUAGUUUAUUAAAAAUGUUGGGUUUUUCUUUGCAGAAUUUUUUGUUGAAAUUCGUUAUUGCUAAAUAUAUUCAGAAUGAAAAAAAAGUAAAUCAGUUUUACUCUCACCACAUGUUGAAUCAUGAUGUGUACAGAUAAUUUUUAAGCAUUUUUUGCUGGUCUCAGAAGAAAACCAUAACGACUAAAUGGGAAUGUAGCUAACUCACAGAUAGUAUAUCAAUAAAGUGUUAUUGGAACCAACACAGUUCACUAACAGUGAACAAGUCUCUGUUCAAACUACCACCAUCUAGUGCUUAGCUUAUGUAUAUAAGGUAUCUCUAGGAUAUGAAAAUUCCUUCAAUGAUGUUGAGUAUGAAUAAAGGUUAUUUCCAGUCUAAUGAUGUUUAACUCUCCUAAUCUCCUGGGAGUAAACACACCACAGUGUCCACAAAAUAAGAGAUGUAGUGCUAAGAGGUCUAGAGAUGUGGCACUCACUUAAUUAAAUCCUGUAGUUCAACUAGCUUCAACGGAAUUAUUUAUCAAAAGCUGUAAAAAAGUUAUUUAAUGGUGUACUAUUUUUGUACCAUUUUGUAUACUCUACAUUUAAUUAAUCCAAUUAUCCAUUGUAUUUUGCACAAACUUGUAUUUAGCUAGACACUAGUUUAAGACAUAACCUUAAUAUUUAGAUUUAGUUUUCAUGUUCACAAUAGUUAAAAAUUCAAAUAUUUAAUCACUUCUUUUUUUUUUUCAGAAUUUAUAGAUUAAUGUGUUUUCAUUGAGCCAGUUCUGUUUACUGAUUUUUAACAUUAUAGUUUAAUGAAUGUAAAUUAACAGAGAACUGUAUAUUUGUUUAUGUGCAUGAUAUUCUGAAGUUCACAGUUUGUGUCUGUGUCCAAGAUGUCAGGGUUGAUUGUUGACCAUCCCCCCCAUUGAUGCAGCAGUAAGUCUGAGGGUUUACUAUUCAUAAAAUUGAAUUUUGAUAUUUGCAGUGAAUACAGCACAUAUAGUCCAGUACAAACUGACAUGGACCCAUACAUUUUCCAUAACAACCAAAUUUUUGUUCGAAGGACUUCUGUAAGAUAUCAAUAUUACGUGAAAAAAUUCCCAUAGUUCACAUGUGGGGAAGUAAUUUUUGAGACAAGUCAAAAUACAUGCAUGUGAUAUCCUUGAAAACGUCAGUUAUAUAAUUAAGUUUUGGAAUAUAUGGACAUGGAUUGUUUUUGGAAAUAACAAAAUGUUCCUCCAUGGAGGACAAAACAAGAAAGAAGAGAGAAUAAUAAUUCCAGAAUUUAAAACAAGAUCAAAUUCC